UCACAGUGCAUGGAUCAGUCCGACACCCAUCAGCCAGUGCUUCUGUGACGUAUAGGACCCGGAUCCAUGGCUGAUGCAGAGUAGAGGGAAUCUGGAGACGCUAGGCUACUUUCCACGGCACGAAGCAGCAGUAGCAGCUUCCACAGCAGCUGUCAUGUGAAUCAGCUGGACGAACAAGGAAGGGGAUAAACAACAACAGAACGACUUUAUCCGUAUCAAGUUCAGAUCAGGUGAGGCGGCAGGAUGGCGGGGGCAGAGGUGUACACCCCUGCAAACCCCAACUGCAAGAUUAUGACCUUCAGGCCCACCAUGGAGGAGUUCCAGGACUUCAACCAGUACCUGGUAUAUAUGGAGUCUCAGGGUGCACAUCGCGCAGGCCUGGCUAAGGUGAUUCCUCCUAAAGGCUGGAAACCUCGACGUACCUAUGAUGACAUAGAUGAUCUGAUGAUAGACGCUCCCAUCCAGCAGAUGGUGGCUGGCCAGUCAGGGCUCUUCACUCAGUACAACAUCCAGAAAAAGCCUCUAAGUGUGCAGGAGUUCAGGCGACUAGCCAACAGUGACAUGUACUGUACGCCACGGUACUUAAACUACGAAGAUCUUGAGAGGAAAUACUGGAAAAACCUGACAUUUGUUUCACCCAUAUAUGGUGCUGAUGUCAGUGGAAGCCUCUAUGAUGAGGACGUGGAGGAGUGGAACAUUGGCCACCUGAACUCAAUCUUGGAUGUCAUUGAAGAAGACUGUGGUGUAUCGAUCCAGGGUGUCAACACUCCAUAUCUGUACUUCGGCAUGUGGAAGACCACGUUCUCUUGGCACACAGAAGAUAUGGACCUGUACAGCAUCAACUACCUCCACUUUGGAGAACCCAAGUCCUGGUACGCCAUCCCCCCUGAGCAUGGGAAGAGACUGGAGCGUCUGGCUACAGGCUUUUUUCCCAACAGCUUCAAGGGAUGUGAAGCUUUUCUUCGUCACAAGAUGACUUUAAUCUCCCCUUCCAUACUGAAGAAGUAUGGCAUUCCCUUUGAUAAGAUUACUCAGGAAGCUGGAGAGUUCAUGAUCACCUUUCCUUAUGGCUACCAUGCUGGCUUCAAUCAUGGCUUCAACUGUGCUGAGUCCACCAACUUUGCCACUGUCCGUUGGAUAGACUAUGGAAAAGUGGCCACACAGUGUACAUGUAGCAAGGACAUGGUUAAGAUAUCCAUGGAGCCCUUUGUGAAACGUUUUCAGCCUGACCGAUAUGCCAGUUGGAUGCUGGGAAAAGAUUCAACACCUAUUGACCACACACUUGCCACUCCCAGUACAACACCCGAGCUACAGAGCUGGGUGCAGCGGCGCCGAAAAACUAAACCUACAAAUAAAGGCAGUGCCCACUCUCGUAUGCGCUCCAAGAGACUCAGAACCACAGAGGAGCCUGUUGGGCUGGAUGGAAACUCAGCUCUGAGCAGCAGCAAGAAGAGGAGCCUGAGUGGUCCACUUGGUCCUAAAGUGCGAAGGUCCUGCAAACCAGGAAAGGUGGAGGAAGACAAAGAGAGAGAAAUAGAAAGCAGGGAAGCUGAGUCAAAGCACAACCAGAGUCCGAACUCUGUUCAGCUUCCUGAUUACAUUUUCUUGUCUUCAACAGGUCCUUGCAGGCAGAUGUGUGUUGUCAAGGUAAAUCGAGUUGAGAGUGACCGAUUGAGCUUUUCUGCUAUUGCUCCCAAAACCAGCUCCUUGCCUUCACCUGCUUCACCAGUAAAGACAGAAGUAAAGUCAGAGACAGUUCAGAAAGGUGACCCUCAACACCUCCCAGGGUCAGGAGUCAUGAGUGGGACUUGUGAAGCACUCAGUCAUUGUCCUGAGGCGACCAACUCUUGUCCAGGAAUUAAUGAGCCAGGGCAAUGCUCUUCUGAACCACAAAAGCCCACAACCUCUCAGGACUGUCCUCUCAGGAUUCCUUCCCUGGAGGCCAGAAAACUUGGCUCAUCCUCCCACACAACAAGCAGUUCUGCUGAGACUGAAAGGGGCUUAUGCCCUCCUGACUCUGAAGCCCAAUCUGUUUUCACAUGUAGAGACACUUCAAGCCAAUCGCCAAAGACUGGCGAUGGAGUGGAAACUGGUGCUGAGAAGAACAGUAGAAACAAUACUAAAACAGACAAAAUGGACACAGCUGACCCAAAACAUAUCAACUCACACUCCACAACAGAAGCACUUUAUGGUCUUAAAACUGAGCCAGUAGAGGGAAAUGGUUCCACAUCAUGUGACUCUUUUCCCCCUUCAGGACACAACUGCAGUUUAAAAAAUAGCAACACUGAGGAAAUCACUCUCCCUCCUCUGUUACAGAAGAAUGCAGUGGAUAUGCCACAUCUCACUCCUGAGCCAACAGAUAAGGUUGGAAUCUGCCCUUUGCCACCUGUACUGACCCAAGAAAUGCCCUCUCUCACUCCUGCUGAUGAUGGGCUGACAGAUGUCCAAAAAUGUAGAUCUUACACUCACCAGGUUGCACCUGUGCUUCAGCGGGAGACACUUGCUGGCUCUUCAUCUGUACAUGGAGCCAAACAGGAGGACACUGAUGGACUGAUGUCAAAACAGUCACUUAUGAACAAAAAUGCCAACAACUGGCUUUCAGAUUCUCCAUGUAAUUGUGAAGGGGCAGUAGUGUCAGGCACAGAAGUUCACAUAACCGCUAGUGCUAUGCACUCUGUCACAUCUGGUUGUGUCCAGAAAAUGCCAAUAGUGGCAGAUGUCGGUGCAGAAAAGGAUCAUACAAAGCUGAGGGAUCCAACCCCUGGACAGGGUGAGAGCAGCUGCAGGCCACAAGUUCAGAGCACUACACCUCAAAUAGAGCAACAGCCCAACUUAGGAGAGUUGUCAAGUAAAGGUAACUCAAAGGGUUCUGCAAAAAGAGAGGACAAUGAUUUCAGCCUGAGUUCAGGCUCUCUUUUAACUGGUAUCUCGCACAAUUUGACAGCUCCUGUCCCUCUACUGUCCACUCAAAUUGAUAGUGAUUCAGCAUUACAACUCCAGCACACUACAUAUUCUUCUACACAAAGUUCUUCCCAAAGCUCAUAUAUGGUGCCCAAACCUUUCUCCAGCAACAGCAUUUGGAAAAACUUCAAUUCCCAGAAUCCUGCAGUUCUCAUCCAGAGUCUCCAUCCAGAACUCCCUUCUGAUUUCACCCACGACCCCCUACCUUAUACAAUGUGGACUGAACCUCAGUGCAAAGAGGUCACAGACCUGGAGGACCCCCAGCAGGACCUUCGUGAGUCAGAGAAUCAGGAAGGAGAGGGGGGCACUCUCACCUGGGCCCAGCUUGAGCCCACCUCUCUAGUCGGUGCUGUUGAGCCCCUGGGGCUUUGUGGAGAUUAUGGGCUCCACAGAGGAGAAACAGAUGGUGCUGAAGCCCUUUCACUGUGCAGGGAGUCGGGGAGACCAAGAGAAGCAGAGGGCAGUACACUCACAGAUAUUCCUGUUUCUCCUCUCGGAAUAGGAGGAGGAGGAGGAGAACAAGAUGGGGUUUCUGAUAUGGAGGAAGGGGGGUCUGAUGGAGAAGAGGUAGAGAGGCAAAGUAGUGCCAAAAGCAGUAGUGAUUCAUCUGACGAGGAGGAGGAAAAUGAUCCAAGUAACGACGAGUGUGAUGAAUCGGGCUUGGAACCUGGGGAGGUUUGUGCAUACGCAGCCCUGUCAGUCAAGAGGACUGCCAAAAGCUGGCGGCACCCACUCAGGAAACCUACUGCAAGGGCUGUACCGACUGCUGUGAAACAGCAGGCAGCUAGUGAUGAUGAGCCCCCUGAAGCAAGCUUGGCAGAGGAGGAGGAGGAGCAGGAAAUGGAAGCAUGGGCAAAGCCCCUCAUCUACCUGUGGCAGAACAAGAAGAGCUGCUUUGCUGCAGAGCGGGAGUACAAUGCUCAUGCAGCCACCAUGCAGCCAUACUGCGCUGUGUGCACACUCUUCAUGCCCUACUAUCAGGCUGAAGACAAAGCGGAGGACAGUAGACAUAUUGUAGCCAAGGACAACUCCACACCGUCCUCUCCCAUACAUCCCUGUAGAGAUCUGAGGAGAACCAAGCCCCUGAUUCCAGAGAUCUGCUUUUCUUUCCGAGAGCAGAACUGCCCUCCAACUCCCACUAACCCUCUGCUGCAGGAAGAUGGCACCUCCCCUCUGCUCUACUGCCAGGGCUGUUGCCUCCAAGUCCAUGCAAGUUGCUAUGGUGUUGCUGCAGAUGAUGUGAGUGAACAGUGGUCAUGUGAUCGUUGUACCGGAGGAAGCUUUACAGCAGAAUGCUGCCUCUGUAAUCUCAGAGGCGGAGCUCUGAAGAAAACCCAAAACGACAAAUGGGCCCAUGUGAUGUGUGCAGUAGCACUGCCAGAGGCAAGGUUCAGCGAUGAGGCCAAGAGGAGUCCCAUUGACACCAGUAGGAUCCCCAUGCAACGAUAUAAGCUGAAGUGCAUCUAUUGUCGUAAGCGCUGCGCAGGGAAGCGGCAGGCAGGUGCUUGUAUCCAGUGUUCAUGUGGCCGGUGUCCAACCUCCUUUCAUGUGACCUGUGCCCAUGCUGCUGGUGUAAUCAUGGAACCGGAUGAUUGGCCAUAUGUGGUGUCAAUCACCUGCCAUAGACACCAAUCACGGAGUUCAUCAGCUAAGCAGCGAGCAUGCCAAGCGUCCAUCUCACUGGGCCAGACGGUGAUCUCUAAACACAAGAACCUACGCUACUACAGCUCCAAGGUCACCCAGAUCACCUCCCAGACCUUCUAUGAGGUUAUGUUCGACGAUGGCUCCUUCUCCAACGAUACCUACCCUGAGGAUAUAGUGAGCAGAGAUUGUCUAAACGUGGGUCCUCCUGAAGUGGGUGAAGCUGUUCAAGUGAAAUGGCCUGAUGGGCUCUUCUACGGUGCCAAAUACCUGGGAUCCAACGUUUCCUACAUGUAUCAGGUGGAGUUUGAAGAUGGAUCUCAGGUGCUGGCAAAGAGAGAAGAUGUCUACACGUUAGAUGAAGACCUCCCUAAAAAGGUGAAGCGUAGACUUUCCACGGCCUCAAGCAUGCGUUUCCAAGACGCCUUCUUUACCACGCAGGGAGAGAGGAAGCGGCAGAGAACCCCCAACUCACGGUUCCAGAAAGACUAUGUGGCCCUGCCAGGCCUCCGUACAACUGCCAAAAGCACAUGGGAGCAACGCAGCCACAAAGGGAAAUGAAGUCAUGGAGAAGGAUCAAUGACAUACGAAUGCACUGAAUUAACAGCGGAUGUAGACGGGAGGUUGUUUGUGUGAGUGUGAGUACGCCUGUGUGUAAGCUUUUUGGAUCUACUUCCAUCUUAACUAUUACCCACAAAACUUACCUGUAAACAGACCAGGGAACGGGUGAUGCGCUUUUAGAUGGAUGCUGAAUUAUAGGUGCUUGUACAUUAUAAUUCAGUGUUAGCCGGUGUGGACAGGCUCAGGAUGGAUUGUGGUUGGACGGCGGAGGGCAUCGUCGCCUCAGUUGCCUAGUGCUUUCACCUCAGUCAGGGAAAAAAACGUGACUCACAUUUUGUCACUUCACCCUUUUUGAAAUAAACUUUUUCUUUGUACAUGGAAAAUUUGAAAUGUGCUGAGAUUUUUCUAAAUAGCUUGCCUACGGUAGCUUUUUGGAGUCUGUUAUUUCCAGUUUUAUUUUCAAUAUUUAUGCACUUUCCUUGUAGUAUUUUCCUCAUGUCUGAACUGUUUCUCCCUGCAUGUUAAACAUCGUCUCUUACCUGCUUCUGCUGGGCCAUAUCCAAGCACAUGACAGUCACUUCCUCUCUGCAUAUUUUUGACCCAUGCUGACAAAUCAGUAAAUUAGCAUUUGAAAUAGAAAAAUAAGUAAUAAUUAAGAUGAAUUGGAUGAAAAUCAGAAAUACAUUGAAAAGGGAAGCAUAAAAAUCCAGACAGGAAGCCAUGGACUCGUGUUUGAUUAUGUGCCCAACUAACGUGAAAUGCUACUGUCGCUCUGUCGAAUGAAACACAUUGUUGAAAUUAUUUAAAAUUUGUAUUUAUUUUUGGCUUGCUAUAGUUAAGCUGUUGCUAACUGCUGUAAGGAAAACAAAAUAAAAAAUACAUAUGUUUUUGUUA